CUCACCAUGGCGUUAACUUGCUGCACUGCGCGCCCGAAGUUUGUGGCCUGGAAGCCGGUGGUGCUGUAGGCCUCCAACAGCGCGCGGUAGUCCACGCCGCGGUUGAAGUCGUAGCCCCGGACCUGGGCGCUCUCGGUCGGCAGCGCUGAGCUGUGCUUUAGCACAGCGGCCAGUGCCGCCGCAGGCGCCUUCCCCUCCCGGGGAUCCUCCAUGCUCCUGCGGCCGCACAGCCAGGUUAGAGCUGCCCCAGGAUGGGCUUCUGCGGCCUUGAAACACCAAGCCCCGGCUUAGUGUUCUCUACAAGAGCGCAGGAAAUCAGGCUCCGGUAAAGCUGGGGAGGACGCAGGAAGUACUUAGUCACAUGACCCUCUUUGAGCGGGUGCGCGGCCAUCUUUGCGUGUGUGUUCCGUGUACGGAAGCCUGGAGGAGCCUAUUUUCCUUUUUCACGUGUUUUCAAUCUUUGGUAGACUUUAGAACCCUGCUUUUACAGCCGCCUGCUGGAAACUCAACGCAUUGCACGGCGCUUGCCUGUUCGUGUCUGUCUCCAAGAGAGAUGUCUUCCUAGAUACUGCCCUUGGACAGGAAUUAAGUCAUCAGAUGUCUGGCAAGGUGGCCAUUGGGACUGACAUCGGGCAGGCCCGGCGGGCUGUGGAACAGCUGCGGAUGGAGGCAGGCAUCGACCGAGUAAAGGUAUCCAAGGCGGCUGCUGAUCUGCUGCAGUUCUGCACAGAGCAGGCCAAGAGCGAUCCCUUCCUUGUGGGCAUCCCUGCUGCCACCAACCCCUUCAAGGAGAAGAAGCCCUGUGCCAUCCUGUGACCUUGAUGACCCAGGGGACCUCAAUAAACAUGAAGUG